AUGGAGGAGCAGUGGGAUUUCGAGCUUUUGUCCCGGAUCGCUGACGGCUGCUUGUCAUUCCUGUCCGAAUUUGUGGACGACUGGCUCGCAAACGACAUGAGAGUCUGCAUCUUCAAAAUCUUACUCAGCUGGUUGAUUUUCAGUCUCAUCGCCAUACACUUUGCGUGGAAAUUCUACGGGAAUACAGUGAACGAUAUGUACUACCGACAAGGUGAGUUUUCGUCGACGUGUGUUUGUGCGGUGUCGUUCCCUGAAUAUCAGCUGUGUUGGCCUCAUUCCUGUGUGUUAUUUACGUUCAGGGACUGGACAGAACGGGGGUACACCUGACACAGCACCUCACCUGAGUGGAUGGUAGGUGUCCAAACAUGUAUGCUGCCUCAAACAGGGAGAUACCUGGAGCUUUACUGAUUCAUUGUUCACUACUUAUGCAAAACCCCAGGAUCACUGUCUUACUCUGCAUACUAUAUUUAGUGAGCCUGCAAGGUUGCUGAGUUGAUUGCAAUAGACAUGUGCCAUAAACUUUAAAUUUUUGCUAUUAUAAACACAAAACUGGCAAUGAUAGGAAAAUAUUUUAGUCUGCAUGUCUUUCAUGAAAGCUCAGUCGUGUAACUCAUCAUUUUGUUUAUAUUUCUUUAUCCUACAGGGAAAGUCAAGCAGCAGCAGAUAAUCUAAAGACUCACCGAGAUUGA